AUGGGCGGAGAUGAGAAGUUGAGAUUGACAGCUCGGGCCUGCCGAUACCACGAACCACGCAACUCAUACGCGGUCAUCGAGCUCAUCGCAGGCUUUGUGGCCAUCCAGCUGCCCUUCCAGCCCCCCAGCAGUCUCCUCAGCCUCACCAUCACCAACAAACACAUCUACAGCCUGCUGAGACCCGAGCGGAACGACCAGCUAUACGCCACCAUCUUCAGGAACCUGUUCGACGUCAAGGCACUCCAACGCCGUCUCAGAGCCUUCCCCCUCUCAGACAGCAGCACUGCCACCCCCUCUCCACCAACAUCAUCAACUGGCCAGCUAGUACAAGGCACCGAUCCGACGGGUGUCAAUACUCUCACAAACCGAGGGGAUCAAAACGAGCAAGCUGAUCAGUCAGAUGGGCACAUCAAGAGCUCGGCUGGAGGCUGUAUAGGACACCCCGACCAAGCCACAGAGGAACCAGCCCAAGAACAUACUAGACCGACGACGACGAACAAGGAUGGCUCAGAACUGUGCAACCGGCAUCUGGCGGCAGCUUACUUCGAGCGGCUCGGCCUCUUCCGCCGCAUGCGCAUCUUUGCCGCCCAUCCUGCACCGACCUCUCCCGACCGCCCGCGCGCAACCGACCUCGAACCAUACAAGAACCAGCCCGCGUUCCCCCAACCUGGCAAUCAUCCCAUGAGCUUGCUCUCUCGUGAUCUCUGGCUUAUCUAUCUUAUGGUCCUCGAGAACGACGGCCGCAAUUGGUCCCAGUUACUCAAGUCGGGCCACAUUGUUGGCUUCUUGCUCAAUUACUUUCAUUAUGAGAUUAGUCUGUCAGCUACUUCUCCAGGCUACCCGAAGGAGCGUCCAGAGAUCGCAAUCGCUCUCCGACUCUGCCACCUCUUUCUCGACUUGCAGCAGGAGGGGCCUGAGUCCGGCCCGGGAUCCGACGCCGCCAAUUAUUGGACAUCCGAAGCGGGCAUCGAGACGUAUUUGUUUGCAUUAAAGCCUUACACUCUGGCAUCUCACCAAUAUGAUGUAGCUUAUGCUGCCUGGUCCAUCCGUCAGCUACCGAUCAACCUCUCAUCUCAAGCGGUCCUACGAGUAUUAUCAACAAAGUUAACCCGGCGGGAGAUGGCGGCACUGACGCCGAGCCCGCCCGUGCGGGAGCCCUCACCGGAGGAGCGCGAGCUGUCGCCUGGGUCCUCGACAUCAACCGACGGACUCUCCUACUCGGACUCGUAUGAUCAAGUGAUGAGGCGCUAUCCUGAGCAACCUAUAAAGCGUUAUUCUCAGCUGACAUACAUGGGGAGACUGUUCAGGAUCCUUCCGCCGCUGCACAGCCACGUGGCCUUGCUGAGUUUCUUCUGGUGCAACAUCCGCCACAACACCGGCGUAGCGGGGACACAGCAGACCGUAGACGUAGACGACCAGCUGGAGUUUUUCCUGGAAAUGAUGCGGAGCGUAGUGGAUCUUCGUUCGGAGGAGUACGACCGGGAAUUCGUGCGCCAGACGAGUUGCUUAGACCCUUACAUGUCUCCAGGCCUGCAGUUCGACUUCUACCGGGGCUGUUUCCGGGGCGGCUGGGACGGGCAGUUCGGCUUCUUCGACCUGUCGAGCUAUCGUCUCAUGCUCGGCGGGCAGAUCGAGGCCGUCUACCAGGGCCGCUAUGGCGACCAGAACCAGGUCUUCAAGGUCCAAGAGUUCUUCGUCCGGGUCCGCGACAACCAGCCCGUUGAGUUCCUGGGCGACUCGCGCGAGAAGUAUCUCGAGCAGCCUCGAAGGCCCUCUUCAACGGCUUCCUCCGAGGCCGUCGCAGAGGAGAAGAAGGAGCCCAUGGAGAGCGAGAUCGAGCACCUCAACCAGAUGCAGUCGCUGCUCUACCCCGUGCCCAUCGAUCCCGUGCUGGUCGAAUACGAUCCCGCCGAGGAGUACGAGCUCCAGAUCCAUGGAGCCGGCCAUUCUUCCUGGGGCUCUUUCAAAGUCAAGGGCCGUGUCCGAGCAUGGGACGGGAUGGUCACCUUCCUCAAAAUCUAUGAUGCGGGGCGCCAUGGCACAUGGCUCUACCGCGGCUAUCAUGCCGCCGGUAACAUGAUUGUGGGUAGAUGGAGGGACACACAUACUUCUGAAGCAGCUGAUGGUUACGAGGGGACUUUUGUCAUGUUCACCAGGAAUUGA